UUCUUCUUGUUUUUCUAAAAUAACGUUUCUUGAACAUUUUUACUAAGUAGAAGUAAUUCAGUAUUGUGUGGCUUAAUGUUACUGACAUUUGAGGUUUGUUGAUUGUAUUGGUUUAGGUAUGCAUGUUGCAUUUUUCUGAAACAGACAAAUAGCUGUGCAAAUGUUACAUUCUUAAACAUAUAUGCAUAUUCCAAUCGGCUGCAAUUUCCAGAAUUUCUUAGGGGACAGAGAAGGUAUUAUUUCACUUUAUUAUAAACACAAUUAACGUUUAUUGCUAUUGAAUUAUGUCAAACUGAGCUCAGCUAUAGUAUACUGGAGAUGAACUUUUGAAAUCAAAAUCCUCCACAGACUGUAACAUGCUGUACAUGUGAGUGGUUCAGCUGUUAUAUUAGUCUUCUGCAGGUCUGUAUACACUGCCCAAUCCAUAGUACCGACAAAAGCAACAUUCCAAAAACAACCAUUUGCAUACCUCCUUCAAAAUAAGCUCUUUUGCUCAAAUGCUUAAUCUGCGUGGGAGAUUUCUGCUUUCUGUCAACUGCCUUUCAGCACCAUGGACAGUGGUAACUAGGAGUCUUCACACUGGUUUUCCCAUUCCCCUCCUCAGACUCUGUCUGCCUUCAUCAUUCUACAUGAACCCAAUUGAACUUUAACGUUGAUAUUGAAAGAAAUAGUUAAGUAAGGUGUUUUUGUUUCCGCUUGUUAAUUAUAAAAAGAUUAAAAAAAAAAAUGUCUUUCAAUUCUGAUGUUCCAUAAUCUUUGGUUUGGAGCUACUAACCGAUUGUGUCUACACAAAUGUAUACGAUGGUAAGAUUAUUCAUUUAUGAUGUAGUUUCUCUUGCUGAACUCAACGGGCCGCUGUUGGCCUGUUUGUGGUAGUUAUUCAACAAAUUUGAAGCAGAACAACCCCAUAUAAGCCUGUCCUUGUAGUAGAAAGACGUCGUCGGCUCUUUCCACGACGCGGCAUACUCUACGCACACACACCAAGCAGCGAUAUUUUGUGCUGGACCGUUCAACUAUUCUUCAUUUUCGGUUGCCUUUUUAUUAAAGAACAAUGGGAUUUUAACCGUUAUCGAGGACGACGCUCGCGUUGGAGACACAGAAAUGUCGGAUAGAACAAUGAGAGUGCCAGGAGGCCUACUGCUGUGCAUCUCCGUCCUCUCUUUCGUAUCGGUUUCCGGUCAGGUCAGUUACUCGAUUCCUGAAGAAAUGGCGAAGGGAUCAAUAGUUGGAAAUAUCGCUCAGGAUUUAGGAACAGACGUAAAGAGACUAAAAUCUGGCAAUGCCCGCAUUUAUACAGGAGACAGCACCGAAUAUAUAGAGCUCAAUAAAGAAAGGGGAGUUCUCGUUAUCAAGGAAAAAAUAGACAGAGAGGCGCUUUGUGAAAAGAAAGCCCCGUGUGCUUUACAUUUUCAGAUUACUCUAGAAAACCCGAUGGAAUUAUUUCAAAUUAUGGUUGAGAUCGCAGAUAUUAAUGACAACGCUCCUCUAUUUCAGAAGGUUGAACGACGAUUUGAAAUAAGCGAAUCAGCAGUUGUUGGAUCUAAAUUCAUGUUAGAAAAAGCAAUCGACCUAGAUAUAGGACGUAAUGGUCUUCAAAGCUAUACAUUGAAGCCUAGUGACAAUUUCGUUCUUAAAUUACAUGUUCAAGUCGAUGGAAGUAAGAAAGUAGAAAUGAUUUUACAAAAACCACUUGACAGAGAGAGACAGGAGGCGAUCUCUUUGAGUUUAACGGCUGUAGAUGGUGGGGAACCACAAAUGUCUGGGACAAUGCAGAUUUAUAUCACCGUCCUGGAUGCCAACGACAACGCUCCGGUUUUUACUCAUUCCGUUUACAAGGCAAACCUCAAAGAGAAUUCCGUUAAAGGAACCCUUGUAACGAAAGUGAGUGCAUCUGAUGCAGAUAAAGACACCAAUGGGGAGGUAACAUACGUCAUCGGGAAUAGCAUGGAUACCGUGGCAAAGCUUUUCAAGGUAACAGAUGAGGGUGACAUUAUAUUAGAUGGGCCCAUUGAUUAUGAAAAGGCUAAACACUAUCAGAUUGAUAUAGAGGCCACUGAUCGAGGAGGUCUGUCGGAUUCAAGUAAAGUGAUUGUGGAUAUAACUGACAUAAACGACAAUCACCCGAUCAUCAACGUAAUUUCUAAAUCCCAAUCAAUACCUGAGGAUUCCCCUGCAAAUACAGUUAUAGCCAUGCUGAGUGUACACGAUCCCGAUUCUGAAAGAAAUGGCCACGUUGAAUGUAUUAUUAAUGAAAAUAUAAAAUUUUUGAUUAAAAGCCCUUCCGGUAGUUUCUAUAGCCUUUUGACGGAAAGCAGCCUGGACAGAGAAAAGGCAUCUAAUUACAACAUCAGUGUGAUCUGCUCAGAUGAAGGAGUACCCUCGCUUUCCAGCAGCAUUCAUCUAACCUUACUUAUUUCAGACGUUAAUGACAAUGCUCCUGUUUUUGAGACAAUUGCAUAUGAGUCCGACAUUGUUGAAAACAACACACCAGGCCAAUCUAUAUUAAAAAUCAAAGCAAAAGAUUCAGACUGGAACCAGAACGCCCGUGUCUCUUAUAUACUAGAGGACUCCUCUUUAAACGGCGUGCCCGUCUCCUCUUAUGUGUCUGUUAGUGCUGACAGUGGAGUUAUACAUGCAGUCCGCUCUUUUGACUACGAGCAGACAAAAGAUUUCAAGUUCUGUGUUAAAGCUCAAGAUGGAGGCUCUCCUCCCCUCAGUAGUAAUGUGAGUGUGAAAAUACUGAUCCAGGACCAGAACGACAACGCCCCUCAGGUUCUGUAUCCAGUCCAGACUGGUGGUUCUCUGGUGGCUGAAAUGGUGCCUCGUUCAGCAGAUGUGGGCUAUCUGGUCACUAAAGUGGUGGCUGUUGAUGUGGACUCUGGACAGAAUGCCUGGCUCUCCUAUAAACUACAGAAAGCCACAGACAGGGCGCUGUUUGAAGUGGGCUCACAGAAUGGAGAAAUAAGAACUCUCCGCCAAGUCACUGAUAAAGAUGCAGUGAAACAAAGACUGACUGUUAUAGUGGAGGACAACGGACAGCCCUCUCGUUCAGCUACAGUCAUUGUUAACGUGGCGGUGGCGGACAGCUUCCCUGAAGUGCUCUCGGAGUUCACUGACUUUACACACGACAAGGAGUACAAUGACAACCUGACUUUUUACUUGGUCUUGGCUUUGGCUGUGGUUUCCUUUCUCUUCAUCACGUGUUUAGUGGUGAUCAUAUCAGUGAAAAUCUACAGAUGGAGACAGUCUCGUAUCCUGUAUCAUUCCAGUCUCCCGGUAAUCCCAUAUUAUCCACCACGGUACUCAGACACUUUGGGGACAGGGACUCUCCAGCACGUGUACAAUUACGAGGUGUGCAGGACCACUGACUCCAGGAAGAGUGACUGUAAGUUCGGCAACGCUGGUAGUCAGAACGUUCUGAUGAUGGACCCCAGUUCUACAGGGACCAUGCAGCGAAUACAGAGUGAAAAGAGCAUCCUGGAUGAACCAGACUCUCCACUUGAGGUUAGAAAUCACUGACAGAA